AUGGGCGCAUUAUUGUCUCUGCCGCUCCUUGCGGUGCCCAGCAUGGGGACCCUAGUGUCAUUUGCGGCUUCGUGCUGUGGAGCUGCAACCUGCUCAGCAGUAUGUAGUAUGUGUGGGAAAUUUAGAAGCAGCAUGGCCACUCGGAUCGCCUACGCAGUCAUUCUUCUGAUCAACUCUAUGCUAUCAUGGCUCAUGCUUACACCUUGGGCGCUCAAAAAGCUGGAGCAUCUUACGCUAGACUACAUGAACAUUACCUGCCAAGGAAAGCAAUGCUACGGCUACAUUGCCGUCCAAAGAGUCAACUUCGCCCUGGGCGUCUUCCAUUUCCUCCUCGCCAUGCUACUUUUCGGUGUCAAAUCGUCGAGAGAUGGUCGAGCUGGGCUUCAAAACGGAUACUGGGGCCCUAAAAUUAUCGCUUGGCUGGCACUCGUCGUCAUCACGUUCUUCAUACCUGAAGAAUUCUUUAGGGUCUGGGGGCAAUAUUUCGCCCUCAUCCUGGCAAUGCUCUUUGUCCUGCUUGGCUUGAUACUCCUCGUUGAUCUUGCACAUACAUGGGCAGAAUACUGCUUGCAGAAGAUCGAGGACAAUGAUUCGAGAGCAUGGCGAGGGGUCCUCAUUGGCUCUACACUGGGGAUGUACACCAUUUCCUUCGCUAUGACUAUCAUUAUGUAUAUCUUCUUCGCGAAUGGUGGUUGCAAGAUGAAUCAAGCUGCUAUCACAAUCAACCUCCUCGUCCUCCUUGGCAUCUCAUUCAUUUCCGUCCAUCCCACAAUCCAAGAAUAUAACCCUCGUGCCGGCCUCGCCCAAGCAGCUAUGGUCUCCAUCUAUUGCACCUACUUGACUAUGUCCGCCGUAUCCAUGGAGCCUGACGACCACCAGUGCAACCCAUUGAUCCGCGCUCGAGGCACACGAACCGCCACCAUAAUCCUUGGCGCCAUCGUCACCAUGCUCACAAUUGCCUAUACAACCACCCGCGCCGCAACCCAAGGCAUCGCUCUUGGCAGCAACACAGGCCACAACUACUACAGCAAGCUGGCAUCCUCCGAGCCCGACUCCGAGCACAGCAUGGUAGAUCAACAACCUGUGUCUUCGCGGCGCGAGAUGCGUGCGGAGGCUCUCCGCGCCGCUGUAGAAGCGGGCUCGCUCCCCGCCAACGCUCUCGAUGACGACGAUGACGAUUCAGACAUGGCGGACGAUGGCGCCGGUGGCAAGGACGACGAGAGAGGUGGCACGCAGUAUAACUACAGCUUAUUCCAUGUGAUAUUCAUGCUGGCGACAUGCUGGGUGGCCACGCUGCUGACGCAGAAUAUUGAUUUUGAGACGCAGGGGGAUUUUGCUGCCGUGGGCAGGACGUACUGGGCCAGUUGGGUCAAAAUCGUGAGCGCGUGGGUGUGCUAUGCGAUUUUUGGGUGGAGCUUGUUGGCGCCUGUGGUACUGCCAGAUCGAUUUGGCAACUGA